CGAUCGAGAGCGGUUUGAUCAACCCUCGCCGACUGUGCUCCACUGGGGGUAUUUUCGCGAUAGCACAGCCCAUUUAAAUUGCAAAAGAAAAACAUAUUUUAAUCUGUUAUUGUUUACGCCAAAAGUGAGUAUGGAAAACACUUCUAAAAUGCGUCAAUGAACGCAUUUUCCAUCUGACUCUGACUCAGAUAAGCAACAAAGUGUCAACAUUGCUUUAGGGGUUAUGUAAGAAGAACUUAAUGGCAUAUGAUUUGUGCUGACUCUGUCUCCAAGGGGGGCCCUUAAAAAAUAAUUAAACUUUGAUCUUGAAUUGCAUGUGCCAGCGCAUUAAGCUGAUAAGCUAAAUUUAAUAAAAAAUCAUGAUCGAUUAAAGUCGCACAUGAUUUGGGAUCAAUGCCAAAGUUAGAUGCGUGAUUUGAGGACUAGACAGACAUAAUGCGGUCAUUGAAUCUUCGUGAUGAGCCAAGCCAAACGUGAGAACAAAUUUCAAUGUUUAUUUGGUAAAGAAAUAUACAUUUUAAGCGGCGAAAAAUCUGUGGGAGGGAAUUCAAUUUCGCUUAAAAUGCUUUUCUCGAUGCGGUUGUGGAACCUCCGGAAUCUUCCCGCUUCUCCUCGUUGUCGUCGUCGAGAAGAUUGCAUUCCCAGCUCAGAAACUGAUAAGUAUAUCAGCCGCCUGCCAUAUAUGUAUCGCCCCUCCGAUCAUGAUGAUGAUGAUCAUCGGAGGUUUAAUUAGGCGCGGCUGUAACAUGAACAUUCAUAAUUCCGCUGGCAUUCAAUCAAUGCAGACGUGAACGAUUCCAGUGAUCUAGUAAUCGACCAGUAACCAGCGAUCUCGUGCAAAGUGUACAGUGUCUCAAUCUCACUCAAUAUCAAUUUCCCACAAAUAACAAGAUACUCAAAACCUAUAAAUACGUAAGAGAAAUCCAAAGGAAAAACCAUGGCGCAAAGUGUAUCGGGAAAUUGCUGUGCCAAACUCAAUAAGGAUGAAGUGUGCUGUCAGAAAGUUAAGGAUGUGGCCUCAAAGGAUAUAUCACCAAAAAUGUUUCCCGACAAAAUCUACAAGUCUGUUCAGCCCAAAGGAGAGGAUGCCACGGGAAUGACCUGCGAGUGCGGCGUUUUUGGAGCCAUUGCUUGCGGGGAUUAUCCAACACAGCUGGACAUAGCUCAAAUGAUCUGCCUGGGACUGGUUGCCCUACAGCAUCGUGGCCAGGAGUCGGCGGGAAUAGUGACCAGCCUGGGCAAAUGCUCGAAGAACUUCAGUGUGCACAAGGGAAUGGGAAUGAUCAACAAUCUCUUCAACGACGAGGCCAUCAGAAAGUUAAAGGGCAAUCUGGGAAUAGGACACACUCGUUAUUCCACGGCAGCAGCCUCUGAGGUAGUGAACUGCCAGCCCUUUGUGGUCCACACUGCCCAUGGAGCUCUGGCCAUAGCCCACAAUGGAGAGCUGGUCAACUGUGAGUCUUUGAGAAGGGAGGUACUAGAACGAGGAGUGGGUCUGUCCACACACAGUGAUAGUGAGUUGAUUGCCCAAUCCCUGUGCUGUGCCCCCGAGGAUGUUUCCGAGCAUGAUGGACCCAAUUGGCCAGCCAGAAUAAGGCAUUUCAUGACCCUUGCUCCGCUUUCCUACUCCCUGGUGGUGAUGCACAAGGAUAAGAUCUACGCUGUCCGGGAUUCCUAUGGCAAUAGACCUUUGUGCUUGGGUAAGAUAGUACCCGUGGAUGCUGGACAUGCGAAUAUCAAUGACCAACUGGCCGAAGGCUGGGUAGUGAGCAGUGAGAGUUGUGGUUUCCUCUCCAUCGGAGCUCGAUAUGUCCGUGAAGUGGAGCCUGGAGAGAUCAUAGAGCUGUCUAGGAAUGGUUAUAGAACCGUGGACAUCGUGGAACGUCCGGACUACAAACGAAUGGCUUUCUGCAUCUUUGAGUACGUGUACUUUGCCCGCAGCGAUUCCAUGUUCGAGGGUCAAAUGGUUUACUCAGCCCGCCUGCAAUGUGGCCGCCAGUUGGCCAGGGAGUUCCCCUUGGAUGCGGAUUUGGUCAGUUCAGUGCCGGAAUCGGGUACAGCAGCUGCUCAUGGUUAUGCCAGGGAGUCGGGCUUGCCAUUCGGAGAGGUUCUGUGCAAGAAUCGCUAUGUGGGACGCACCUUCAUCCAACCCUCUACGAGAUUGCGACAACUGGGAGUGGCCAAGAAGUUUGGUGCCUUGGCUCAAAAUGUGGAGGGCAAGAGGAUAGUGCUGAUUGAUGAUUCCAUAGUCAGAGGUAAUACCAUUGGACCGAUCAUCAAACUCCUGCGGGAUGCUGGAGCCAUAGAAGUCCACAUUCGGAUUGCCAGUCCUCCGUUGCAAUAUCCCUGCUACAUGGGCAUUAAUAUCCCCACUCGGGAGGAGCUGAUAGCCAACAAAUUGAAUGCAGAUCAGCUGGCGGAUCAUGUGGGUGCCGAUAGUCUGGCCUAUUUGAGUGUAGAUGGUCUGGUGAAGGCCGUCCAGAUGAACAAGGCCCAUGUGAAUCCCCUGAAGGCUGGUUACUGCACGGCCUGUCUAACGGGUGAAUAUCCUGGCGGAUUGCCCGAGGAGCUGAGCUGGUAGGCUGGCUGGCCGACUUUCUUCUUCUUUUAGGUUUAACUUAGUUCUUAGAUUGUACCUAUAUAUGAGUAUAUAUAUAUAUUUUAUUUUCGGGUCUUUGACCCAACACAAAAA